AUAUUUGACUUAAAGAAAAGUGUGAACACAUGUGUCUAAUGUUUUGCUAUUGAAUUGCAUUGAAUUUAGCGCUGAUUUAAGUGUCCAUUGAUUGACCAAACAAUGUCCGAAUCGUCGAUACAAUCGCCACAAGAGUUGAUCCACAAGAGACCACAUCAUAAAAAACAUAAAGUGGUUGACGAGAGCCAUGAAAAAGCUUUGGAAACCAUUCUCUUUGGCAAAGAAUCGGAUGUAUUGGAGACGAUCAGCAAAAAGCAUAAAAUCAAAUCAGAAAAAGCGGACCAAAAGUUUGAUUUCUUUGUGGACAAAGGUUUGCCAAUAUUGACGGCAUCUUUCAGUGAAAGCUUUGUUAAUGAAGAGGUCGAAGACGAAUCUGAUGACUCCAGUGAUGGCGAUAAUGAUUAUAUUAAAGAAGCAUUUAGUUUGGCGACUAAACAUGAAACUGAAGAAGAAGAAGAAGUUAUUGAAACAGAAGAGAUGACUAAGAGGAAGAGUGUUUGGGUUGAUUCGGAUGAUGAUAUUGUCGUCAAUGAAGCCAUGAGUAAUGCCAAGAAGUUACCCAAACGAGUGGACACGAAAGACAAAUACAAGGAUUAUUUGGAUAAUAAAUUCACUGAUUUAUAUAAAACGCCGAAAUGGGCUGAAAUGGGUGAUAGAAAAGACCGAAACAUAUUGUCAAGUGAUAGUGACAGUGACUCCGACAUCGAUGACGAUGGUCUGAUGCGAACCGCACAGAGAUUUAAAUUGAAAUCAAAGACGUUAGCGAAAGGGAUUAUAUCUAUUAAGAAGUGUACGCCACUUACCAAUGAUAAUAAAGUCAAAACGUGUCUAAAUGGUGUCCAAUUUCAUCCAACAUCUACAGUGGCUUUGGUCUCAGCGCCCAAUGGUUUGGUUCGACUCUUUCAAGUUGACGGCAAAAUUAAUGCCAGAAUUCAAAGCAUUAUGUUUAGAGAUUUUCGAUUAAAUUCAGCACAAUUUACCAAAGAUGGCGAUGAAUUGAUAGUUGGAUCUAAUGAAGUGAUGGGUCAAUUUUUUUACUACAAUAUGAUCGCUGGUAAGAUUGUGAAGAUUCCGUUUUUUAAAGGAAAAGACAAGUAUAUGUUGGAAAAGUUUGUUAUCUCUAACGAUAAUCAACUGAUAGCAGUCAAAGGAAAGGAAGGUUUUAUACGAUUUCUUACCGUUAAAACAAAAGAACAUAUAUUUGAUCUGAAAAUGAACGGAGAGGUCAUGUCAUUAGAUUUUAGCGAUGAUUCAAAUUUGUUGUUCACUCACGGAAAUGAAGGAAAGGUCUAUAUUUGGGACAUAAGGAAAAGGCAAUGCAUUAAUAGAUUUGUUGACGAGGGAUGUGUUUCUGGGACUACUAUCACUGUAUCGCCGGACUCUAAGUACUGUUGCACCGGUUCAGACAUGGGAGUGGUUAACAUCUACCGAUAUGAUGAUGUAUUAACACAAACAUAUCCCAAACCAUUGAAAAGUAUAAUGAAUUUGACAACAGAAGUGUCGCAAUUGAAGUUUAAUCACAGCUCAGAACUGUUACUUAUGUCGUCCAAAGAAAAAGACAAUUGUGUUAAAUGUGUUCAUAUGAAUAGUUUAACGGUUUACUCAAAUUUUCCUAUCGCUGGCAAAAAUUAUGGUCGAAUUUAUAGCUCUGAUAUAUCAUUAAAUAGCGGUUAUAUGACAUUUGCUACAAAUUGCGGAACCGCUCAUCUCUAUAGACUAAAUAAUUUUACUGACUAUUGAAUUAUUUUAUAUAAAUAAAUAUUUAUAUUUUAAA